AUGCAGCUCACCCCUCUCAUCACCACCCUCCUCCUCCUCACCUUCACCACCCUCCCCAUCCUCGCCGACGACUACCAAGACGCCGUCGCCUGCGCCCGCAAAGACCCCGCCUCCAACUCGGCCAUCCAAACCUUCUGCUUCAAACGCAACGCCCAAGGCAUCACGGACAACAUCCACGUUCCCUCCCCCUACGCCUCCAAAGGUCGGAGAUCCACCAACGGCAAGACUCGGGCUUCGAUCAAAGGGACCUGUGAUCCGCCGCAGUGGGUUCCGAUUACGUAUUGUAAUUCGCAGUUUCAUCAGAUGUGUGCGCGGAGUCCGAGAAGGAAUGGCUGGGAUCGGAGGAAUUUUGGGAGGAAGGGGUGUCAGGAGUGGAGGUUGGAGAGGGUGAGGUGA